GCCGGCAGCUUACGCCGACGUGCUGGUGCCAGCCAUUGGCUCGCGGUGCUCCGUCGGUGCCCUCGAGUAUCGCACGCCCGAGCUCUUAGCAGAAGAGCUGGCGCACCUCAAGGAUCUCACGGAGCAGCACAGCGGAGGCGUCGACCUCUCUGCGAAGAUGUUGGAGGUGGCGAAAGACAAGGAUCGCGGCUACAACAAGCUCGUGUGUGGCGACCUGGUAGAUAUCUUCGAAGAAGGCGACCAGGCAACUAAAUUCGACCUGGUCGUGGCCGCAGACGUCUUUGUAUACGUGGGCGACUUGCGACCCGCCCUCUCCGCAGCCUCGCGGUCGCUGACGGCUCAUGGCGCCGUCGCCUUCUCCACCGAGGCCCCGCCUCGUGCUGGCAGCGCCAAUGAGAAGGAAAGCAAAGUCCCGGAGGGCGGCUACAAGCUGGCAGAGACGGGCCGGUACAUGCACACGGCCUCAUACGUCCGGUCUACUGCCGAGGCAUGCGGCCUGCGACUUUGUAAGCGCGCCAACGUCGUGCUUCGAAAGAAUGGCGGCAAGCCGGUCCAUGGCCACCUGCAUCUCUUGCGCAAGAUGUCGACCGAAGGUCUGUGA